UUUCUUUAUUGGGAUGUAGACUACAUCCUGGGGCAGUUGAUCCUUCGAUCCCUUGUUUGUCUUCGAUCCCUAAGGAUGGUAGAAUCAGGGUUCUCGAAGAAGAAUCAAUACACCAGGCAGAGGGUUUGUAUCAGAUGUGCCCUCGCCCAAUGACCCCUGCACAUCCGCCUCGAUCUGAUAUGACUGGGACUCAUGGUUCGAUCCAAGUGUUACCUGUCGCUCCAGUGAUUACCUCAUCAUCCGAUCCGAUCCGAUCCGAAGCAGGAUAG